AUGGGCUAUAUGACCGUCCAGCAGGAUGCAGUCGAUUUUGACAUUUCGGUUCGAUUCAAAUUAGACAACCUCCAAAACUUUCUCUGUACAGACGGGGGCGACACCGAGAACGACUCCCGAAUGAGCGCCGUGUUCUGGCCAGGUUAUAUGCUCAAGGUAUCACGUUUCACUGAAGGCUCUAGCAAGCAACGAAAAUGCCGUCUAUCUUUGUAUACACUUGCGGGAGACCGGGACGCGAUCCCAGCUGUGGUGGUCUGCGCUACGGUGAACGCCCAGUCGCUUGGCGGGUACUCGUACUUUCCAAAACCUCUCACAAAGCAGGCGGUGUUUGACAACGGGCGAAUUGCACUGGGCACAUUACUUUCACAGAGGACCUACGAAACGUCGUCCUUGAUGCAGGAGGAGGACGCAGUCAUAGUGCAUGUCUCUCUACGCUCCUCUAACACACCAACACCUCGUGCCACUCCCACUCUGAACUUGAUUCAUCGAGUACUGACUGCCCAGCCUCUGUCGAACACUCGAUUCAUCGCAUUUCGGAGACGAGAUUCCGUGGGGCACCUCAGUUGUCCGCGCGUGUUCCACGCGAAUAUGGGAGACCUCACGUCUCACUAUGAGCGGCUUGAAGGCCUUCUCGAAACGGCAGAAAGCAUGGAGGGCUUCGAGCUGCCCAGAGAUGCACGUCUCGACGAAUAUACCCUCGCGUGCGAGCAGUAUGAACACGAUAGUGACUUCGAGCCAGAAGAAGAUGAAGACGAAGAGGAUGGUGAUAUGGUGGUUAUCAAAAGUGAGCCCCGCAAGAAAGCGGCGGCGCGGGAUCGCCCUAAACCUUGCACGAAAACGCUCGAAGACUCACUCGUCGCAGAAGGUGCCCAUGUGCUGGACAACUCCAGAAGUGAUGCUAACGCUUCAAUGUAUUCGUCAAGCAGUUCUUUCGACGUUAUACAGCAUAAGAAUGACAUAGAGAGCGACCUCUACACGAACUCGGACUUUGACGGGACCACCAUUGUUCUUCUCGGAACUGCUUCUCGGACCUGGGAGGCGCUUCUGUACUACCUUUACACCGGUUUCAUUGAAUUUGCACCAUUCAGAAUGCAAAAUACCCCACGUCAGAAUGCUACUGUCGCACAGCAUAAUGGCGAGCAUGUGGAUCGACCAACCCCACCAUCUUGCAGAUCUAUAUACCGUUUGGCUCAUAAGCUGGAACUUGAAGGCUUACGGAAGCUUGCACUACAGUUUUUGGAGUCCCAGCUGACGCCAGAUAUCCUUCUCACUGAGGUGUUCAGCGAAUUUACCGCGAGGUACGAAGAGAUCAAAGAAAUGGAACUGGCACUAGUCGUUCGUUAUUGGAGCCUCCUAAAGUCUUCCGCAGCGUUCAAAGACAAAAUGGUGCAGGUGACCAGUGGCCGUGUCCCGUUUGCCGCGGACAUCAUCUCGGAGAUUAUGCUGCGGGUCUCUGCAAAAAAUGGGUGA